CUGGGGCCCCUCCAGAUCAGGAGCAAGGGCCUUACCACCUAGACAACAUUCUGGAAAUGAGACCACUCACCUCCUCACCCAUUCAUCCCUUCACAAAUGUGGGACUGUGACAGGAUUCCCUUCUCUUGUCAUGUCACAGUGCUGCACUGAACAUCCUACAUGUUCUAUUAUCCUGAUCCAACCUUUGCCAGGUAAAGUCCCUGUCUUCGGAUCGCCAGAAUGGACUGUGCUGUUAGAAAUCACAGGGACACUGCUGUUAAUGCAGGGAGCUGCUGUCCAUACUCAUCUAACAAUCUGACCUGAGAUCCUAAUGUGUUCAGUCAUUUCCCACCUCAAAUUCUCGUGUGAAUGCCAGGAUCCUUUUUCCUACUCUGGGCACCCAGGUCUCAGGCUUGCCACAAGUCACUGGGGUCUGUGGAUUUGGUCUGCAUUCUGGACUCCAACCCUCCUGUUAGCCAUAGUGCUGUGUCUGAUUCUAUGUCCUUCCUGUGUUCUACCUCAGGGUACAAAGUUCACACCCAGGAAUGAGAAUGAGAACUGUGUGGGGUGGACCAUCGAUGCAGGCCUGCUGAAGCAGCGAGUGGAGCACCUCGUGCCUGCCUUCCUGGGAGGAGACCCCACGUACGUCACCACCUUCUUGGGCACGUACCCAACUUUUACUACCACCCAGCAGGUCCUGGAAGUGUUGUUUAUGAGAUACGGAUGCUUCCAUUCGGAGGCUGAGGAGGAUGGCGGACCCCGGGAGCAGGAGAAACUGGCCAUCUCCUCCAUCCUGGGCACCUGGCUGGAUCACUACCCCGAGGAAUUUUUCCGGCCUCCAGACUUCACCAGCUUGAAGCUGCUGCGGGCGUAUGUGAGGGUCCACAUGCCGGGCUCCGAGCUGCAGCGCCGCGCCCGCCUUCUCUACUCAUGGUGGAGAAAAUGUGAGCCCAAUGAGCCAGAGUCUCUGGGCGAGGAGGACUCUGGGUGGGAGAUGUGGGCGUGUGGAGGGGAUGGGGUAUGCCACAGAGAACAUAUUUCCUAAGACUGCAGGUGGGCCAGGCGUAGGGACUAGUCUCAGAUCACUGUUCCAUUAGCCUGCCGUCUGGGAGAUUUCCUCCUGGUGGGUUCUUUGACUCAGAUGACAAUGUGUGCGGAAGAGGUUUCCUGCCAUGGAAUGGCAAUCACGGUGAUGACACGUUCUAUUCUUGAAGCUUUGGCAGCAGCUCUAGAGCCCCGUCCAGACGUGCCUCGGGAGCGAGCCCCCGCUAUCUCUGUGGUGCCCACUGCAGCCUCGCAGCCCAGGCUGCCUGAAGCCACCAGUUCUCCUGGAGCUCAGCGCGUACGAGAAUCGGAGACCCUCACUGCCGCGUCCCCACCAGGGCAGGAGGUACUCCCAGCUCUGGCUGACAGUCAGGAGCUGGAAGAGCCACCUGCCCCUUUGGUGGCCCCAGAGCAUGAGCAGCCCCCAGCCCCAGCCGGCGGGGUCACGGAAGGGCUGGAGCAACCACCUCCUGCAGCUGAGCAACCAGCCUCAGCUCCCCAACAGCGGCUCAUGUCACCUGCAGCCCCAAACA